AUGUCUGCUGCAAAGGAAGAUGAUGUCUGUAAUCACGUCAAAGUGGUGGUCCGUGUGCGUCCAGAGUCUCAAAAGGAGAAAAAUGGCAACUUCAGCAAGGUUGUUCGUGUUGUUGAUCAGCAUGUAUUGGUUUUUGAUCCGAAGGAGGAAGAAGUUAGCUUUUUUCAUAGGAAGAAACCAGCUCAUAGGGAUAUUAAUAAAAGAAAAAGCAAAGAUCUUAAAUUUAUGUUUGAUGCUGUUUUUGCUGAAAGUUCAUCUCAGCUGGAAGUUUUUGAGAAUACUACAAAAAGUGUCAUUGACGGCUUCUUAAAUGGAUAUAACUGCACAGUGCUUGCUUAUGGUGCAACGGGAGCUGGAAAGACUUAUACAAUGUUAGGCUCCCCUGAAGAUCCUGGAGUGAUGUAUUUAACCAUGAUGGCACUUUAUAAUUGCAUAAAUCAAAUAAAAGAAGAUAAGAUAUGCAAUAUUGCUGUCUCUUAUUUAGAGGUCUACAAUGAACAGAUCCGUGAUCUGUUGGUAAACUCAGGACCUCUGGCUGUUCGUGAAGAUGACCAAAAAGGGGUGGUAGUUCAAGGGCUAACGUUACAUCAGCCUAAAUCAGCAGAGGAAAUCCUUCAAAUGUUGGAUUAUGGAAAUAAAAAUAGAACACAGCAUCCCACAGAUGUAAAUGCUUCCUCUUCCCGGUCCCAUGCCAUUUUUCAGAUUUAUCUGAGGCAGCAAGAUAAAACAGCUAGCAUUACUCAGAACGUUCGCAUCGCCAAAAUGUCUCUCAUUGACCUGGCAGGGUCUGAACGUGCCAGUGCGACAAAUGCCAAGGGGGCUCGUUUUAGGGAAGGAACAAACAUCAACCGCUCCCUCCUAGCUCUCGGAAAUGUCAUUAAUGCCUUGGCAGAUCCAAAGAGCAAGAAGCAGCACAUUCCAUAUCGAAACAGCAAACUUACUCGAUUGUUGAAAGACUCUCUGGGAGGGAAUUGCCGAACAAUAAUGAUAGCUGCUGUUAGUCCAUCUUCCAUGUUCUAUGAUGACACCUACAAUACUCUGAAGUAUGCAAACCGAGCAAAGGACAUUAAGUCUUCUCUGAGGAGCAAUGUGGUUAGUUUGGACAGUCACAUAGAAGCUUAUGCUAAAAUUUGUAAUGAACAAAAGAAAGAGAUCCUAAUGUUGAAAGAGAAACUGAGAGAAUAUGAAGAAAAACAAGCAAGCCUUCCUGGAAGUUGUAAUGCUGCAACACUUUCAAACAGCCAGCAAGUGGAAAUAGACAGAUACAAAGAAAUCCUUAAAAAUCUGUUUGCGAACCGUGAGGAAAUUAGAAAAGAAUACCUCAGGUUGGAAAUGAAACUGAAAGAAAAUGAAAUGAAGACACAUUACCAGAAACAGUGUCAUGAGCAAGUUCAACUGUUGUGCUCUGAGGAAAGAGUCGAAAGGGCCACUUGCAAGCGGGAUCAGAGGCUUGCAAUGCUUAGAACCCACCACAUACACAUGCAGAAGAAGAAAGAAGAGCAUGUCCAACAUUUUGAGGAAAACACCAAUUGUCUGCAUAGUGUUGAAAAUGAAAUGCGCCUUCUGAGUCAAGAUGGGAGUAUUCCAAAGGAACUCUCUAAAGAUCUGCAAUGUUGCCGUUUAAACCUAGAAGUUAAGGAUCUGAAAGCCCAGCUGGAGCACACAUUGUCUCUGGUGUCCCUUCAAGACCAGCAUUAUAAGCAGACUGAAAAGGUACUAAAUACUUUGCUUCCAGUUCUUCGCAAGCAAUACCUGACUUUGAAACAAUAUGGGCUGACAAAUAAUUUAACUGAAGCUGAAUUUGGGGAGGUUGAGCAGCUGAUUCAAAGACCAAAAUCAGUAGUUUGGGCUGACCAGACUGAGGAGCAGGAACAAAAUCAGAAUGGUGAACUAAAAUUGUCAACUAUGUUUGCAUUCCCACAACUUGUGACCAGACAAAACACCCUGUGUGGUACAACUUUGGGUACACCAUCACAAGAAACAAAUAAAAAUACACAACAAAUAGUAGAAUGUGCAGUACCACAACAGAAAAGAACUCGGCGGAAGCUAAUGGACUCUCCAGUCACAAUUCCAAGUCCUGCUGCAUCCAAGCUGUCCAGCCUUCACCAUCUGGAGGAUUCCCUUACCAAGGAAGUCCGCCCUAUCGUGUACACACCAGAGUUUAGCAGAAAGCCAGAACAAAGCGACUGCACACAGACUGUGGUGAAGAAGGCUUUACACCUUGCAGGCCUUCAGGAAGUUGAUGUGUGUAAUACAGAUAGGCCAGUGAAAAAGCCGAGUGUUACAGACUCUACGUGUGACACAAUCUCACAGUAUGGUGGAGCUGACAUGAACUCAACAGUGAUCCUCUAUGAACUGACAGAUGAAACAGCUGAAACAUCUACUGAUUUAUCUCUGAAGGAAUCACAGCCAUGCAGCAACACCCUUCUGCAAAGACUUGGUCUCUCUACAUUAAACAAAAAUCUUACUCCAGUAUUUGAGAAGCCCUCAUAUAUGGCAAUGACUUCUGCUGCUGAGAGAAAAAGAAGGAUUCCCGGUUCUACCUCCAACACUGUGUUAGGCAACCCCCACGAACCUAUUCCUGCCAAACGCAGUCGACAAGAGGUCUUGUUAAGCCAUAGAGCUUUGCGAGUACCCAAAGUUGAAGGAAAUAAAACAAGGAGCUGGAAGCAAGAACAGGAUAUGCCAGGAAACUUAGUUAAAAGCCUUUCUGAGGGAAACAUAGCAAGAACAUCAAAAAAAAUUUUGCUUCCUGUCUUCAAGAAAAAAAGUAGAAUUUAG